CAUCCCCCCAACACUUCCCUGGAGCCACUCACCUCUGACUCUCUCCUUCAGGUGCCUCCCCGGUCUCACUUGACCUCCAGUUCGGAGAAGGUGUCCAAGGAACCCUGAAGGGCACGUAGCUUCCAGUUUCCUGGAGGAUCACUUGGAUUGAGGAUUGUUCCAGGCCAGGUAGACUGGCAAACUCCGAGAGAAGUCUCCAGACUGCAGACGCUGCCUCCGCCUCUGAAAGGUUUUGGAAAUCCCUUGUCUCCAGGUUGCUGGGAUUGACUUCUUGCUCAACUGAAUCACUCACUCAGUGGAGACCAAUGCUCUGUGCUGACUCAUAUUUGAAUCAAAGUGCUGGGGAGUCUGUCUGCCUUGUUUGUGGAAAGAACCUUUGAUAGGCUCUGUCACUGAGCUUCCUAAGACUUCUGAAGAUAAGAAGCUACAGGAAUAUAUACUUUGCUUUUGACCUUUUGUAACAAAUAUUUGUCCCCAUUUUGAGUCCAGGGCUGCUGGGGGUGUGAGUGACAAGUCUUACAAGUGGCCUUACUCCAAUUCCAGAAAUUCCUCCACCGGAUUCUUACUUUCUAUACAGUCCGAAAGUGCCAGGAAACAUGCCCACCCAGUCCCUGCUGGUGUACAUGGACGGGCCGGAAGUUAUUGGCAAUCCGCUUGGUACCCAGGUGGAGAUGGACGAUGCCGUGUCCAUAAAAGGGACCGCCGCCGUUCCUUUCCGAGCCACGCAAGAGAAAAAUAUAAUCCAGAUCGAAGGCUACAUGCCCUUGGACUGCAUGUUCUGCAGUCAGACCUUCACGCACUCAGAAGACCUCAACAAACACGUCCUGAUGCAGCACCGGCCGAUCCUCUGCGAGCCGGCCGUCCUGCGCGUGGAGGCCGAGUACCUGAGCCCUCUGGACAAGAGUCAGGUGCGAGCGGAGCCGCCGAAGGACAAGAACGGCAAAGAGAACGAAGAAUUUAGCUGUGAGGUGUGCGGGCAGACCUUCCGAGUGGCUUUCGACGUCGAGAUCCACAUGAAGAAGCAUAAGGACUCCUUCACGUACGGCUGCCACGUGUGCGGACGGAGGUUCAAGGAGCCCUGGUUCCUUAAAAACCACAUGCGGACGCACACCGGCAAAGCGGGGGCCAAGGGCAAGCUGCAGCCGGGCUCCGAGAGCCCCGCCACCAUCAACGAGGUGGUGCAGGAGCACGCGGCCGAGAGCCUCUCGUCCCCGUACAAAAUCUGCAUGGUCUGUGGCUUCCUGUUUCCAAAUAAGGAAAGUCUGAUUGAUCACAGGAAGAUGCACAGCAAAGACAGCGCUUCCGGCGGCGGCGGUGCUCAGACGACCUCUCCGCAGGGGGGGAUGCCCGCUCCGGGGGAAGAGUUCCUGCAGUUCUUGAACUUGAGGCCCACGUCGCACCCUGAAACUGGGAAGAAGCCCACCAAAUGGAUACCUCAGCUCGAUCCGUUCACCACCUACCAGGCCUGGCAGCUGGCCACCAAAGGCAAAGUCGCCGUCUGCCGCGAGGUGAAGGAGCAGCCCGGCCAGGAGGGCAGCACCGACAACGAUGACUCGUGUUCAGAAAAGGAGGAGCUCGGGGAGAUCUGGAAAAACCAUUCCGAAGGUUCUGGAAAGUCAAAGCCAAGCAAGAGCGGCUGUGCGGGCCUCUCGCAAGAGAAGGAGAAGUCCAGACCGGCAGGCGGCAGCGACGUGUCCUCCAUGGAUGGCGACCCGAAGCUGCCCGGGAGCAAAGAGAAGCCGACGCACUGCUCUGAGUGUGGCAAAGCCUUCCGGACCUACCACCAGCUGGUCUUGCACUCGAGGGUCCACAAGAAGGAUCGGAGGGCCGACGCCGAGUCGCCAACCAUGUCCGUGGACGGAAGGCAGCCUCGGACGUGUUCCCCGGACCUCACCACUGCCCUGGAUGAGAAUGGAGCCGUCGAUCGAGAAGGCGGUUCUGAGGAUGGAUCUGAGGAUGGACUUCCGGAAGGGCUCCAUUUGGAUAAAAAUGAUGACGGAGGAAAAAUCAAGCAUCUUACGUCCUCAAGAGAAUGUAGUUACUGUGGGAAGUUUUUCCGUUCAAAUUAUUACCUCAAUAUUCAUCUCAGAACGCACACAGGUGAAAAACCAUACAAAUGUGAAUUCUGUGACUAUGCUGCAGCCCAGAAGACCUCUCUGCGGUAUCACCUGGAGAGACAUCACAAGGACAAACAGAUCGACAUCACCGCCGACGGCAAGAACGACGGGAAAAGCCAGGAGACCGAAGAUGCACUACUACCUGCCGACAGUGCGCAAACCAAAAAUUUGAAAAGAUUUUUUGAUGGUGCCAAAGAUGUUAAAGGCAGCCCACCCGCAAAGCAACUGAAGGGCAUGGCCUCUGCCUUUCCGAAUGUUCUGGGCAGCACUGUCCUCUCGCCGGUUCACAAAGAUACUCAGGAUUUCAACAGAAAUGCAACUGAUGACAGUACUGAUAGAGUCUGCAAAACUCCUGCCACCGCCUACUUGGACGUGUUACCCAAGAGAGCGGUGGGUGACGCCCAGGCGCAGGAGCCAGCGAGCCGAACGGAGGCGGGGGUCCCCGGCCGCGUCGCCGCCGCCGAGGUCGGCCACCGGGAGAAG